UUACUUUCGUUUAAACAAUUUCACCGAAAAGAUAUGGCAACGGCAAACACGGAAGAGGGAGAAAAUUUCGGUUUGGCGGUAUGUUCUAUAUGCAUGGGACAAUACAAAUUACCAAGAUGUUUACCGUGUUCACACACGUUUUGCCAAGAUUGUUUAUCGACUUAUAUAAAAUCCUUAUGUUCUGGGCGCGAUUCACCACUUGGAUUUCCUUGCCCUCUCUGUCGCGUGUUCAUACCUGCACCAGGUAGAAUGGCUCUGUAUUCUUAUAAUGAUUGGGCAGUCAGAUUCCCUAAAAACAAAUUUAUUGCUACAAUUGCUGAAAAUUAUUCGAGUUUGGGGGCCAUUCUGUGUAGUCCUUGUGACGAAGACGGUGAGGAGGUGAAAGCUAAUAGCUGGUGUAAGGAAUGUUCUGAGGCGCUUUGUGCUGAAUGUGUUAACUGUCACAAAAAAGCACGUCCAUCUCGUCAUCAUGAAGUAUCUUUACUCACUGAUAUGCAAAAGCCAAUGUCCAAUAUGUAUGAGUAUCCUGCGUCAGUUCUAGAAAACUGCGAGAAUCACGAUGGUCGAAGAUUGGAAUUGUUUUGCGAAGCUCAUCUUGUUCCAUGUUGUUCCGUUUGUGUAGCAAAAGAACAUCCUAGCUGCAGGUGUUUCUGUCAGAUAGAGGAAUUCUCAGAUGAACUCACAAAUUAUAUUGGGUCUUCAAAGGUUCAAAUAUUGCAAGAUGAUGUAGAGCAAUUACAAGACUUUUUCGAAAGAAUAAUAAGAGAAGAAAAGACUAACAUUGAUGAGAUCGAUGAUCUUUCUGACAAUUUUUCAAAAGAAAUUUCGAAGAUGUCCUCGAAAAUCAUUGAGGCUGUUAAAUGUCUGGAAGAAACACACUUAAAUGAACUCACAAAAGCCUCAAAGGAAUCUAAAUCAAAGCUUCAAAAAUCCAUUGAUUCGUUUGAGCAGAGGCCACUUUUUCUUCAAUAUUGGAAAGAGUCAUUGCAGAAGAAUUUGUCAGAUAAAGAAUCGUCAAAAAAUAAAUUAGCUUUGUCAUAUUGCAAAAUGAAACAAAUUCAUGAACAUUUGAUAAAUCUGGACAAUGCAAAGUUAAAUAUUCAUAUAGAAACCAAAUUACUAGAUAAUUUACGAAACCUGCUCGAUUCAUGUCAACUUGCUGAAAUAUUUGUACAGGAAUAUAAAUCAUUAGUACCGCAAGAUUAUUACAACAUGAAAAAUGCUACGGUAAAAAAGAUCUCGGAAUUUGAGAUUCCUGCUGCUAGGUUUCAUGGUGGUAUAUUUUAUAAAGAUGACCAAUUAUUAUUAGCAGACAUGAAAAGGUGUGUUUUGUGUAAUUUUGAUGGUGUUGUUUUGAGAGAGUUAUAUUUACCAGGAUCCCCGUGGGAUGUGUGUUCCAACAGUGAGAAAGAAGUACUUGUAUCACUUCCUCAAGAAAAGAAAAUCGUAAAACUUGCUUCGGAUUUGUUUGAAGUUAAGGAAACUGUGGAUGUUGGUUGUCACUGUUAUGGAAUAUCGAUGCUUGGAUGCACGAUUGCUAUUGGGGCUCGUGAUUCUGUGGAAAUUUUUCAAAACUUUGCAAAAGACAAGUCUAUAAACUAUUUAGAAAAUACUGACGACGUAGAAAUAGACAGUGAGAACAAUGUCAUUUUCACAAGCUACUCAAAAGACACAGUCACAAAACAAGAUAUGGAAGGGAACAUCUUGUUCACAUAUGAAAAUAAGGAUCUGAAACGCCCUUAUGGAUUAACAAUAGAUCGAGCAGGAUUUAUUUAUGUAAAUGGAAGCAGGAGCAACAAUAUUCAUAUAUUAUCCAGAAGUGGUGAGAAGGUAAGAAUUCUAGAAGGCGUGGAAAACCCAAGGUGCAUAAAAUUCCAGGACGGUACCAACAGAUUUUUUGUUGGUGAAAGUAGAGGCAAAGUGAAGAUAUUUGAAUUAACAACUUCUCGAUAA